AAACAAAAUGUCAGUCAGUGUGCAUGAGAACCGCAAGUCCAGGGCCAGCACUGGCUCCAUUAACAUCUAUCUGUUUCACAAGUCCUCCUAUGCUGACAGUGUUCUCACACACUUGAACCUUCUACGCCAGCAGCGCCUCUUCACUGAUGUCCUCCUCCACGCCGGAAACCGAACCUUCCCCUGCCACCGGGCUGUGCUGGCUGCAUGCAGCCGCUACUUUGAAGCCAUGUUUAGUGGUGGCCUGAAAGAGAGCCAGGACAGUGAAGUCAACUUCGACAACUCCAUCCACCCAGAAGUCUUGGAGCUGUUGCUUGACUAUGCAUACUCCUCCCGGGUCAUAAUCAAUGAAGAAAAUGCAGAAUCGCUCCUGGAAGCAGGUGACAUGCUGGAGUUUCAAGACAUACGGGAUGCAUGUGCAGAGUUUCUGGAAAAGAACCUGCAUCCCACCAACUGCCUGGGGAUGCUGCUGUUGUCCGAUGCACAUCAGUGCACCAAGCUGUACGAACUCUCCUGGAGGAUGUGUCUUAGCAACUUCCAGACCAUCAGGAAAAAUGAAGAUUUCCUCCAGCUGCCCCAGGACAUGGUGGUACAGCUCUUGUCCAGUGAAGAGCUGGAGACGGAAGAUGAAAGGCUCGUGUACGAGUCUGCAAUUAACUGGAUCAGCUACGACCUGAAGAAGCGCUACUGCUACCUCCCAGAACUGUUGCAGACAGUGAGGCUGGCUCUCCUGCCUGCCAUCUAUCUCAUGGAGAAUGUGGCCAUGGAAGAACUCAUCACCAAGCAGAAGAAGAGCAAGGAGAUUGUGGAAGAGGCCAUCAGGUGCAAAUUGAAAAUCCUACAGAAUGAUGGGGUAGUAACCAGCCUCUGUGCCCGGCCUCGGAAAACCGGCCAUGCCCUCUUCCUGCUGGGAGGACAGACUUUCAUGUGUGACAAACUGUAUCUGGUAGACCAGAAGGCAAAAGAAAUCAUCCCCAAGGCUGACAUCCCCAGCCCAAGAAAAGAGUUCAGUGCAUGUGCAAUUGGCUGCAAAGUAUACAUUACUGGGGGGCGGGGAUCAGAAAAUGGGGUCUCAAAAGAUGUCUGGGUUUAUGAUACCUUGCAUGAGGAGUGGUCCAAAGCUGCACCCAUGCUGGUGGCCAGGUUUGGCCAUGGCUCUGCUGAACUUAAGCACUGCCUGUAUGUGGUCGGGGGGCACACAGCUGCAACUGGCUGCCUCCCGGCCUCCCCCUCAGUCUCUCUAAAGCAAGUAGAACAGUAUGACCCCACAACCAACAAAUGGUCCAUGGUGGCCCCACUCCGAGAAGGUGUUAGCAAUGCGGCAGUAGUGAGUGCCAAACUCAAGUUGUUUGCUUUCGGAGGUACCAGUGUCAGCCAUGACAAGCUCCCCAAGGUUCAGUGUUAUGAUCAGUGUGAAAACAGGUGGACGGUACCAGCCACUUGCCCUCAGCCCUGGCGUUACACAGCCGCAGCCGUGCUGGGUAACCAGAUUUUUAUCAUGGGGGGAGAUACAGAGUUCUCCGCCUGCUCUGCUUAUAAAUUCAAUAGUGAGACUUACCAGUGGACCAAGGUGGGAGACGUGACAGCAAAACGCAUGAGCUGCCAUGCUGUGGCCUCCGGAAACAAACUCUACGUGGUUGGAGGAUACUUUGGCAUUCAGCGAUGCAAAACCUUGGAUUGCUAUGAUCCAACUUUAGAUGUGUGGAACAGUAUAACCACAGUCCCAUACUCACUGAUUCCUACUGCGUUUGUCAGCACCUGGAAACAUCUGCCAUCUUAAGUGCAGUGCAUCCUAAAUAG